GGAUAAGCUUUUAGGUUAACCGAGAAAAUGAAGAGAAGAUAUAGGCGCUAAGUCUGGAAAACUGCCGACCCAAAGAGACUAGCGAAUGAAGCAGGGAUUAUCUUAAUUGUCGAAGCCGUGCCAGUUUCCAUAAAAAUAUUUUGGGAGAAACCAAAAGCUUAAUUUAUCACUAGAGAGGAGGCAGAUUGAUUCGAUACAUAGAUAAUUUACACAGAUCAUUGAUUGAAUGGGAUGAUAAGAGGACAUCAAGAUCUAUUUGGUUCAGAGUUCUCGUAUUGCCCAGGACCAGUACGUAUCAGGAGUGCCCUGGAAACAACUAAUUAAGAGGAAACACAUGAUGGGAAAGGAGAAGCAAAAUACUAGGCAUAAUAAGGGGGACAAUAUUUCUGACGCAGUUACUAAUGAGAAUGGUAAGAAAGUUGUUGUUUGUGCUCUUCCUUGUUUUUCGGAAUCUCUCAUUAAGAGGAAAAGAAGCUCAACGGAAAUAUGUGACACACCCAUAAGUAAGACAGUGAAGGAGGUUGCUGUUGUGUCUCCGUAUUUUGCGAAAUCAAUAAAGGGUAAUUUUAAGAGGAGAAGAAGCUCAACAGAAGAUAGAGUUUGUGACACAGCUAUGAGUAAGAUACAAAAGGAACUUGGUGUUGUGAAAUUUCCCAAGGGUAACAUUAUUGACUGCAUGAAUAGUGAAUCUGUUGUUGAAGUGGAAGACAAGAACGAGCAUACGAGGAAAAGAAGCUCAAGGAAACGAGAGGGCGAGCCAAAGGUCAAAGCGGUCAUUCGUUUUCCAUAUUUGAAUAAUGACAUUCAAAAGAAUACUAAAGGUGAACUUGUUGUGCCGUCAGUGGAGAAACAUGUUGAGCUGGACGAUACAAGAAGUGUACCCGUUGAAGAUGCAAGACAGGAAGCACGGGUCGGCAAUUCUACAAGGGAAAAAAAACUGCAUGGCUUCUCUACAAUUGAUGAAAUUUGCUCUAAUUUUGCAUACACCGGCGGAAGCUUUGUGAAGGGAAAACACGGGGCUGAAGAUGGUAGGGAUUCUUCUCAAAGGAUCACAAUGCUAGAUAAUGAAAAAUUGAUCGUGCCUUCAAAACUUUCUUUAUUUGGAAAAAGAAAGCCCCAUUCAUUUGUUCCUUACCAUAGGAGAUCAUCUGUUCAGGUUGGUUUGAAGGGGGACAAAUAUGUACGCGCUGUUUCUCCUUACUUUCAAAAUUCACGGGCUGGUGAAAUAGUGGAAAAUGAACCUGGUAGUAAUUCUUUUCAUGAGGGUGACUUAUUCCAACAUGAAGGUGAAAAUAGGACUACUCUCAAGGGCAUGAGUAGCACUCUUCUCGAGCGGGAAGCGCCGGUCGACCAUUCUACAUCGGCAAAGAAACUGCAUGGCAUCUCUACAACUGAUGAAAUUUUCUCUCAUUUUGCGUACACUGGUGGAAGCUUUCCUAAGAGAAAACAUGGAGCUGAAGAUGUUUGGAAUUCUUCUAAGAGGAUCAGAACUGUAGAGAAUGACAAAUUGAGAGGGGUUUCGAAAGCUUCUCUAAUUGGAAAAAACAAGCCCUAUCCAUUUGCUCCUUGCCAAAUGACAUCCUCUGGCCAGGAUGGUUUGAAGGGGGAUACGGGGAUUCAUAGGGAAGUGUACAAAACUGUACGUGUUGUUUCCCGUUACUUUCAAAAGUCACGGGCUGGUGAAAUAGUGAAAAAUGAAGAUCAGCAUCCCCUAGUUGAAACACAAAACUCUUUUAGAAGAAUUCCCCCCUGCUCUCACAAUUUAAAGCAGAAACAGGAGAAUGUAAUUACUGAUUUGUUGGAGGGAAAAACUGUUUCAACAAAGCCUAAAAAGGGCUCUGCUAAAACUAAACGUGCAGUGUUUAUCAGGCCAACUCUUUCUGCUGCUCAAAAACGUAGUGAAGCUUACUUAAGGAGGAUGCCGGAUAACAAGUGGAAACCACCAACUUCCCUUAGCAAACUUCUUCAAGAAGAUCAUGUUUAUGAUCCAUGGAGGGUGCUGGUGAUUUGCAUUCUUCUUAAUCGGACAACUGGUAAACAGGUUUCUCAAGUGUUACCGACGCUAUUCACUUUGUGUCCAAAUGCAAACACCACUACAGAAGUUCCCAUUGAGGCUCUUGUGAAAGUGUUAAGACCUUUAGGCCUUCAGAAUAGGAGGGCAGCUACGCUUAAAACAUUCUCAAAGGAAUAUUUGCAAGAUAGCUGGACUCAUGUGACACAGCUGCAUGGUAUUGGCAAGUAUGCAGCAGAUGCCUAUGCAAUAUUUUGUACUGGAAAAUGGGAUCAUGUAAGACCAGAAGAUCACAAACUAACUGAGUAUUGGAACUUUCUUGUUGAACUCCUCACGAAGGAUGGAAUAUUGGCAUAGCAUUGGAUGGUGUUUUUUUUUUUGCAACUGACAAUGUACUGGUAACUUGGAUUGCAUACUAUCUUCUCAUUUUCCUAUGUGAUUUGUUCGAAAAAUUUGUUUUGGUCAGCUUUUUGGAAACAAUUAGGGUGCUUUGAAAUGAAUUCUUAAAUUCCUCUUUUGAUGCUUGUCUCUCACCUUCCGUUUGUUGAUUGGUGGAUGUACACCCUUCCUCUAUAGGAGGUAAUAUG